AUGGAUGUCCUGGUUUUGUGGGCCGAUGGAACACGAAAUGUCGUCGAUUCCGGCGAACUGAAGUUGAUUGGGUGCAAAACACUAUCUAUUGGCUGCAAAGUGAAAAUGCUUUACGAAGGCAAAUGGUAUUCAGAAGAAGUGCGUGCUGUCGAAAAACUGGAUGAAAGUGGAUGGCAGCCAUCAGAAGAUAUAGUCGACGAGGAUUUGUCAGUUAGCUCGGACGAUCUCCCACUUAGUACUUUUUGUAAGAUAGUGGAAGAAAAAUCAAUGGUCAGUGUUUCCUUUGGUAAGGGAAACAGAAGUAGCUCUGACGACGAAGAUGGUCCCUUACGUUAUUUCGCCAAGAAAGCUUAUGGAAGUAAAAUGGACAUUGAAGCUGAAACCAACGAAUAUGAUUCUUUCUCUGAUGAUUCAGAUGCCGAUCCUUCAUUUGGUAAAUGUGAAGUGCGAUGGUGCAAAGACGAAGUAGGGCCGCCUGCCACAAAUGUGAAAUCCUCUUAUGUUGGAAUCAUUAUCAUGGAAUCAUGA